CUUGCCGACCUCCAUUGGAGCCAGAUUCAAGCUGAGUGCUACUGCUUCAAAGAUUUUGCAGUGCGUUUUGGAUCUGUCGCUAGAGGUUUUAGGGUUUCUGAUUUGGGUUUGCGUUUUGCGUUUUGGGAUUUCAGGUUUUGGUCGUUGUGGAUUAUGCCAGUGGCAUGAAUGUAAAUUGUAAUAAAAACUGAGCAUUUUAGUCAUUUUGUAUCAAAAUUCGAAGCCAGGCCUGCUUCAUUUGGUUUUGGGCCUGAUCUUGUGUCCUUAUUUGUAUAAAACUAUUUGAAGGUGGGUUUUCUGUGUUUAUAUCUUUGGUCUGGUGCUACUAUGUAAUUUUCUAAAUGUAAAAUUGGAACCUCUAGAUUUUGAUUCUGGUGGGAUGAAUCAGUGUUCCAAUAAAAGAACUCACUUAGAAGCUUUUAACACUCAAAAAUCUUUGAAAAGUGCAGUGGAGAAUGUAAAAGUGGAAGCUCCGGAUUCUGAUUCUGGUUGGAACCGUGGGAUAAGUGAGCGUUGCAGUAAAAGACCUUGUUUAGAGGCUUCUGACACUCCAAAGAAACUGAAAAGUUCUCGGGUGAAAAAGUAAAACGAAAUUAACAGAACUUCAAGGAGAUUUUUGAAGAAAGAAAAGUUGAAGAUAAAUAUUCCUAACAAGUCUGCUCGUCUUUUGCCUGAAAAAAAGACUGGGAUGAAGAAGAAGGUUAAUGUGGAAGCUGCACGUGCUGUUUCUGGUAGGUCAAAUGUACUCUCUAGCAAACAAAAAGGUUCCCGGAUCCUACAAUCUGCUCCGCGUAGGUGUAACCGUGGAGCUUUAUCUAUUCAUAUUGAUGAGACGUAUGAAACAUUUCUCAACCUUGCUGUGAUGUCUGGUGACAUAAUGAUAUAUACACCCAGAAAUGGUACAAGAAAUAUUUAUGAGGAGGAUAUGGAGAGUUCAUCAGAUUCAGAAGAAACUGUACUAGACAACAAUCAACGUGAUGGAUAUCAUCCCUCAUAUGUGAAAACCAAGGCCACGUUAAGGAGGGGUGUGAUGAAGAAAAAGAUGAGCUGCUCUAAGAACUACGAAGAUACUUCCUCAGAAUCGGAUCUAAAUGAACAGGACAGUCAUCAACAUGAUGGAUGUCGUGCCUCAUUUGUGAAAAAGAAUCCUGCAAUUAAUAGAACUAUGAGAAAAACUGUGAGCCCAAGAGCUCGUAGGAGUGCUCUGCAGAAUAAAAACAGGAAGACUCCCACCGGAAAUUUAGAGGUCCUCCGAGAAAAAAACAGUGCAGUGGCAAAGAAGAAGAAUAUAAAAGAAACUCUGAGUACUGUUAUUGGUAAGUCAAAUGGUUGCCCCCCUAAAACACCUUGCUUAGAGACUCUUCAAUUUUCUGAGCGUGGGUGCCACUGUGCAGCUGAAUGUGAUUUAGUAAAUGAGAGUUAUGAAUAAUUCAUAAGUUACAAAGGGGAAGAGAAGGGCAAAGAAAUCUAUCGGACUUGAGAAAUCAAUUUUUUUUUUUUAAUAAACAAUAUGGAAGAGGUUUCACCUUCAAGACUCCAAGCAGAACUCAAG